AUGGCACCAUCCGCCACCACUAAUGAGCAAGCUAUCCUCCCAAUUCGCAAAAGCGGCCCCAAAUACAAUGCCGAUAAAUCAGAAGCACAACACAACCGAGCUCUCUCGAUUAUCAAAGAAAAGCUCCCUCUCAUGAGCGUUCUCAAAGGUCUCAUCGUCAUCAAUAUCAAUCCAUCAAAACCAGACAUCAUCAUUGACGCACGUGGAGAGAUAUCCAAACUUUUGGAUGGCACGGACGAGAAGGAAGAUUGUAGAGUCAAUACCAAAUCCAUUUACAUCAUCGAAUUUUACGAAGGCAGACUUGAACCCCGCUAUGGACUUUUCAAAGAUGCAUUUUUUCACAAAGCUUACUUACCUCAGGGUGACAUCAAGAUGGCGAUCAAAUUCGCCGAUAUGUUAACACCCAAUCCCCCAUCUCCACUCAAGAAAUUCACAGGAAACGAAAGAUUACCACAGCCGACUGAGGACCUCGAACAGGUCAAGGCCGACAUGCGAGAAUUUGGGUACGGACUUGUGAAGAAUGCACUUACUCCCGAAGAAAUCACGAAAUACCAACGCGCUGUCAAGCUUCAAGCGGCAGGAGAAACCAAAGCCGGAGUUGCAGCCAACGACGGGGGUCCUAAUACUCCUAAUCAGCGAAUCUGGACUUUGACAAACAAGGGACAGGAAUUCGUGGAUAUGUUGGAACAUCCGCUCAUUGAUGAGAUUGUUCCCGAGUUUCUUGGAGAACAAGCUUUGCUUCAUACUUAUACGGCAAAUAUUGCUCGACCAGGCAAUGUACCUAUGCAGUUGCAUACGGAUCAAGUUGCUAUCCAACCACCUUUAAGAAAUAUCAACUUUGGUGUGAACAUCAUGUGGUUCCUAGCAGAUGUUACGGAGAAGAAUGGGGGUACAAGGGUUUUCCCCGGUUCUCAUCUCGGGGCCGUUGCACCAGAAGAUGUGUUUGAUUUGGAAGGAUCAGUUGCAGCGCAGGGACCAGCUGGUACGGCGCUUUGUUUCGAGUCUAGAUUGUGGCAUGCAACAGGCCCCAAUCGGGAGACGGAGGGCGAGAGACCAGUCGUUUUUAUGUUCUUCAUGAGAUCGUUUGUGCGGCAACAGGAAAAUAACUUCUUGUCUUUGAGACCGGAAGUCGAGGCAGGAUUGAAUGAGAGGGUGAAGGCAUUCUUGGGUUUCAGGACUACGGGGGCUUUGGGUGGUUUGGAGGGUGAGGUUCGUGAGGGAAUCUUUGUGAAGAAGUUGGAGAAUGCUGUGGGGCCUUUUAGAGAUGAGGAAUAA